CUCACCCUCACCAUCAUCAACAUCAACUCCAUCACCCAUCAUCACUAAACAACCCUUCAACUCCAAUCUCCAAUCUCCAUUCCAUCUCCCUGCCAGUCGUUACCGGUAUUCACACCCAACUGGACCUCGACUGUCCUUGUUUCGCUGGGUUCGCUUCACAGUCCCUUGCGUGAACGACAUUCGUCUUCCGUGACACCUUUGCAUCGUCGCCGCCAUGGCUGCUACGGGAGAACUGCCCAUGGCCAUAUCCGCUCUCUCGCCUGCCCCGAACUACACCAGCUGCUAUGAUACAAGCGAAAUGGACAAUUACAUCAACUUUGAACCCAUAUAUCCGUCUCCGUCUCUUUCUCCUUCCGCCGAAAACAAAUCAUCCAACCCAACCCCAUCCUCGCAGCCAUACCAACAUUCCAACGCUGCAUCCCCUUCUCCACCAUCCAACAGCAAUGCCUUUGGCUCAAAUGCCCAAGCCUCCCAGCAAUUGUCUUUCUCCGCACCAAGCCAUCAGUAUGGUUCCUACCAGCAGCAAACCGGCCUGCCAAUGGGUGGUCUUGCCAACACCAUGGCCCUCAAUCCCGCUCCUGGUAUGAGCGUGGGCUUCAACGACCCGAGCUUUGGGCCGCCAGAUGGCUUCGGCUUAGUUAACAGACAUGGCGACAUGUUCCCGAUGAACUCAAAUUCAAUGUUUUCUUUCCCCAACGAUUCGACGGAUAUGGACAUGGAAUCCGACAACCCAGCCUUCCCCCAAGGUGCGAUGCUAUCAUCACAGUCCUCUAAAACUCAGUUUGUCGAUCCAAAUGCUGUUGGAGGCCAGGAGCUUUCGCCGGUCGCUCCGUCCACUCAGAUCGGGCGUGUGUACCCGGGAAUACACCAGCAGCAAGCUGCCAGAGCAAGGGCUGCUCAGCAGCAAAGGCAGCAAGACAUGCUUCGACGCCAACAGCAGCAGCAGCAGCAGCAGCAGCAACAACAACGACAGCAACAGCAACUUGCACAAGGGCAGCCACAGCCCCAGGGUCCACACGGCCAUUCCCGCCAACCCAAUCGAUCUCAGCAAGGCAAAGUAAACCGGCCCGUUGAUCCUCUCGUUGAGGAACGUAUUUCACGCCUUCUCCAGCAAAUGAGACAAAGCAGUGUUGUCAUUCGUGAAGAACCAUCCCCAAUGUCAAACGCACUUCCACAACCAGUGAAGCAGAAGAAAGACGAACAAGACAUGGACGAGGAUGAGCGGCUGCUGGCAAGCGAGGAGGGUAAGAAAUUGAGCAGCAAGGAACGACGUCAGCUACGCAAUAAGGUUUCAGCUCGUGCAUUCAGAUCCCGGAGAAAAGAAUACAUUGGGCAGUUAGAAGGUGAGGUCACCGCGAAAACCAAUGAAGCAAACGACCUUCGCCUCCAAAAUCGAGCCCUCAUGGAAGAAAAUGCCCGCCUAACAGAUCUCACCCGCAUGCUCCUCUCAUCUCCGCACUUUAAUUCCUUCCUAAACGACAUUAGCGUGAAUGGCCUUCCUCCCUCAUUGCAAAAGCAGUCAUCUACACCACAGGCCCAUGCGCCGACUGAUAUUCAGAACGAUGUGAAGCCAACCCCACUUCCGCAAGACGUUCAGAUCCAGAACCCUCAAACAGCGCUUCCUAGCAUCGCCGAAGAGCAUUUUGACUUUGCUUCAAUUGACUCAGGGUGGAAUUCUGGGAUUGACACAAACUUCUCCAAUCCGACCGUUCUCGCCGUUAUGGAGGUGCCCGAGAGCCCGACAGUUGAUGCAGAGGUGCUUUGCGGGAAGAGUUCGUUCUCCGUUGGGCCCUUGCCAUCUGAGGAAACCAAAGAUUUAAUGCCAACCAUAUCAUACCCAGUGCUAGACAACCGUAAGCCUGAGCCAGGGGAGCAGCAUCUUUGUCCUAAUCCCCCUGUUGACGUGGACGAAAACGACCCAUCCUUGGCACUCUAUCUCGACCAGCCUAGCUACGAACCAUCUGAUGCUGAACCGUUCGAAGACAUGUUUGGAGGUGCUGGCCUGGAGAAAGUUUUCGCUCGUUUUGACCUUGUUGUGGACUCAGACUUUGCGGACCAAAGACGUGUAGAUCCUAUUGCUGUACGUCGCUUCGAACGACUUCGAGCCAGCAUCGAAGGAGCAUAUCAACGCGUUACCCGUGUAACCUCUCACCUUGGAUAGGUGUGGUUUCACCUGUCCUGCUAUUACAGUUCGGCUAUCAUAUUUAAUUUUCUGCGGCCCUUAUUAUAAUCUCGUCUUAUCCGCGCCAUUCUCUGUCUCUCUCUAUCUUUUGCAAUUUCACCGGUUCGACACAUACUUCACAGCCUAAAUCUUCUCAAUAUUCCCUUCUCCCCCAUAGAAUUUAUCCAUUGGCCUAGGAUCUGACAGCGACUGCAUUGACUCGGUUUUAUAUAUUAUUGGAAUGCCACGUAUUUCUUUUGUUUCUCCUACAUCUACCUGUCCAUUUUAUCUCUUUUUUUUAACUGUGAAUACUGGGGCUAUAUUGUUAUUCUGUGGUCAUAGUUUAUGGGGAUCAUGUAUAGGUUAGACAAGCGUACUCUUCAACAUUGUGCCUCCAGCACCUUAGCUUUAGGUAGCU